AUGCUGCCCCUGGACGAGCGCCAGAUGGACACGGACUGGUUCGAGGGCCUCUGGGAGCAUUGCCAGACCACCGACGCGGACAGCGACGUGGUGGAGCCGAACACGCUCAUCCCCCUGUUCCGCGAGAUGGUGGGCAUGCCGAAUGAGGAACAGAAGUAUCGGCUUGAGUGCGUCGCUCCGUUGGUACCGCCAUUUAUCAGCCGGUUCGCGGACAUGCUCAAGGAGAAAGAGAUCCCGCGAGAGCUCGCCGACCUCAAAGAGGUUCUGAACACAGUGCUCCUCGACGAUUCUUUUGUGAACUCGGAUUUCAUGGAGGAGAUCUCCUUUUAUCCUUGCCUCCUCGAGUUCGCGACCAAGCGGGGGAUCUGCAUAUCAUGCUCCGGCCUCGGAUCCAUUCACGCCGUCUGCGACCGCGUGAAGCUGCAGAUGGACUCCGAGGACCCCAUCCGUCUCGUGGUGCCGCGCGACAACGUCUUGGACGGCGUGUGCUCCUCGCUGAACCUGCAGGACCACUCCGCGCACAUCGACGUGCCCGUCGAGAUCGAGUUCAAGACCGGGCUCGUCGACAGCGCAGGCCAGGAGCUCGUGGACGAGGGCGAAGACCAGGGCGGCCUCCGUAGGCAGUGGCUAGACAGGGCCUCGCGGCACUUCAUCUCCUCGGACCUGUUCCGCAGCCCCUCCUCCUCCUCCUCGAGCACGGCCGGCGUGGACGCUGGCGGCAUCGCGCACCAGAAGCCCCGGGGCUCGGUCUUCGUGCCCUCGCCGGAGUCCGUCUGCAGGCACGUGCAGGACGACUGGGAGGAGCAGUUCGAGCUCUUCGGCUGCAUCCUCGGCUUCGCCCUCCUGCACAAGGACACCGUCCCCGUGCACUUUGGGCACAACUUCCUGCGGGCGGUCUUCGGGAUGAAGACGGGCCCCCAGGACCUGCUGCCCCUGCUCGAGAGCGUGGACAAGACGCUGCACACGAAGGUGAAGUACGUCCUGGACGGCAGCUACCGGGGCCUCGGCGACUCGCUGCAGGACGUGCUGGAGCAGGCGGGUCUGCCCCGAGUGUUCGCCGUGGACGAGUCCUCCUGCGCGGGCCUCGUGGGCGACACGAUGCUGAAGGAGAGCGGGGACCAGAUUGCGGUGACGGAGGAGAACAAGGAGGAGUUCGUGGAGCGGCUCCUCGACAGGCUCCUCAUCAGCGGCCUGCGGCGCCAGGAGGUCGUCCUGAGGAUAGGGGAGCUCAUGACCCUGAAGGAGAUCGAGGUCAUGGUGUGUGGGGCCGACGAGGUCGAUGUGGACGACUGGCAGGAGCACACCCGCUACGAGAACGGCUACACCAAGGACUCGCGUCCCGUGCAGUGGUUCUGGGACGAGCCGGAGCUGUUCACGGUGCAGCGGGUGGCCGUGACGGACCGGUGCCCGGAGGCCCACACGUGCGCCAACACCAUCGACCUCCCGGAGUACACCUCCAGGGAGGAGCUGAAGAGGAUCGAGCGGCGGCGGGCGCCCUCGGAUGGUGCUUGA